AAUACUUUACACAGCGAUAUGGAAAUGGCGCUUGCGUUUAAGUCCUAGUGGUUAGGGCAGACAGCCGCUAAGUCUCAAAACUCAAGGUCCACCGUUAGAAAUUGUAGUUUGGUCUUGUCAGAGUCGUCUUCUAAGUCUAUACAAUUUAGCAAACGUGCAUGUGAGAAGGGCGGAUUAUGACAGAAGAAAAGUCGCAUCGGAGGACACAUUUGAGUCAACAGUAUUUUGAAACCGUCAACAUCAGACAGUAAGCAUGCGUGACCUGGCUGCCCAGGUCACCAGCAGCCUGUUGCGCUUCCCGGAGGUGACUGUAGAAGCUCUGGGUGAAGAUGAAGUCACGCUGGACUCUGUGCUGCAUGGCAGGUUCACCGUCGGGCGGAGUGGGUUGGCCUGGCUGGCGUGUGGCCCCCAGCUGGAGGUGGUGCACUCGGUGACGGCCGAGCGCUUCUCGGCCUACUGCUUCAGCAGCCUCAGCGAACACCCGCCCAACGUGCUGGCGGCGCACGACUUCUGCUGGCUGAAGCGCACGGGUCUGCUGGUGGGCCUGGAGGAGGCCGAGGGCAGCAUGCUCUGUCUCUACGACCUGGGCAUCUCCCGCGUCGUCAAGGCCGUCGUCAUCCCUGGCAGGAUCACAGCCAUCGAGCCCAUUGUGAGUUAUGGAGGGGCCAGUGCAAACACCCAGCACCUUCACCAGAGCCUGCGCUGGUUUUUCGGCGUGGCCGCCGUUGUCACGGACAUCGGGCACGUCCUCCUGGUGGACCUCUGUCUAGAUGACCUGUCCUGCAGCCAGAGUGAACUGGAACCUUCUGACCUGGAGGUGGUGAACAAGUCGCCGUCGGAGAUCCCGCGUCUGAGGGAGGGGGUGACUCAGCAGGGCCGCCACCUGUGCCUGCAGCUCAACAGCCCCACGGGCACCGGCGCCUCCGCCCUGCAGUACAUCCCCCGCACCAACCAGCUCGCCGUCGGCUUCUCCGACGGGUACCUGCAGCUCUGGAACAUGAAGACCCUCAAGAAAGAGUAUCACUCUCAGCUGGAAGGAGGCAGGGUUCCUGUCUACGCCUUCACGUUCCAGGAGCCAGAGAACGACCCCCGCAACUGUUGCUACCUGUGGGCAGUGCAGUCGGCUCAGGACCUUGAGGGGGAUGUGGUGAGCCUCCACCUGCUGCAGCUGGCCUACGGAGAGCGAAAGUGUCUCGCCUCCGGCAAGAUUCUCUACGAGGGUUUAGAGUACUGCGAGGGACGCUACAGCCAGGACCUGAACGGCACAGCCUUCCCUCUCAGGGCUCAGGCCACCAACACGCGCCUGCUCAGCUGCCAGACCAUCGAGAAGUUCCGCCACCACCCUGACCGCGACGACAGCAUGAACGAAGUGGCUUCACCAGACACCAGCGUGUCCAUCUUCAGCUGGCAGGUCAAGUCUUACGGGCAGGCCAAGCCAUCCACGUACAUCAGUGUGUUCGACAUCAACAGAUGGUACCACGCACAGAUGCCCGAUUCUCUGAGGGCAGGGGAGUCUCUACGUAACUGCCCGUACUUCGCCGUGUGGUCCCUGGACGCGGUGGUGGAGAUGGCCGCGACCAGCCCCCUGCUGGACGUGCUGGUGCACGAGCGCAGCCUGAGCAGGGGCCUGCCCUACACCUGCCCUCCCCCCGAACAGUUCUUCAACCCCACCACAUACAACUUCGAUGCAAGCUGCUUGCUGAACUCUGGGAUUGUGCACUUAACUUGCUCUGGUCAUCAGAAGGAGACCCUGAGCUACCUGAAGAAGGUGGCUCCCACGCUGAGCGAGGGCAUCUCCAGCGGAUACACCCGCUGUCUGGUGUCCGGCUUGCUGUCCCCGCGCCUGGCCGACGUCCAGGCCUCCAACCUGUCUCAGGACGAACAGCUAGACGCCAUCUUAUCCACAGCGGUGGAGACGAGCUCCCUCGGACUGAUCACUGGAUGUAUAAAACAGUGGACUGCUGAAGAGCAACCAGGAUCAGCAGCAAACCUGCGGUACAUUCUGGAAUGGGCCUGGGAUAAAGUGGUCCACACCAAACAGGAGCUGGAUGGCAUCUGUGAGCCCCUGUUUGACAGCUCGUCAAACUUCACGGAGCCCCAGACCCUGCAGCUGCUGCAGCACAGCCAGCGGUUGCUGGGCAACCUCCGCACCAUCUUCCACUCCCUGCUCAGCCAGGCCCAGGAGAUCACACCGAAAGGUCUUGUGGGCCUCAUCAACAAAAACCUGGUGUCCAGUCUGAUUGCACAGUAUUCACAAGUGGUCCUAUGGUUCUGCCGGACUGGCCUACUCCCUGAGGGUUCAGAUGAUGAAGACGCUCUGCAGAUUUCAAGGCCCUUCUACAGCUACUCAAUCAUCAAGACCUACUACACCGGCAGACGAGAGGAGCUGCAACGCCUCACCAAGGACAAAUGGAAUGCUGACUGCCUCAUGAUUGAUGCACUGGUGGGCCAAUGCGGCGAGCGACUGGCUGACCUGUGGAAAAGGGACGAGGGGGGAGCAGGGCAGUACCCACCUCUUUCACUGCAUGCCUUGCUGGACAUCUACCUCCUGGAGAACAUUGAUGAAUCUGCCAAACACGCCAUUGUUAUUUAUUUACUGCUGGAUGUCAUGUACUCUUUAUAUAAUAAUAAGAGCGGUUCGUCAGUAGAGUCCUUCCCAACAGCGUUCGCCAUUCCCAUUGGCCUGGUCAAGCUGGUGCAAGGCCUGUGGCUACUGGACCAUCGGGACCAUGAGAACUCCCUGGAGCUGCUGCUGCACCCGGCCACCAGUCACUCUCUGUGGGCGUGGCAGCAUGGCCGCGUGCUGGAGGCGCUCAUGUGCCAGGGCCAGCACGCCAUCGCCCUGCGCUACCUGCACGUCAUGAAGCCCUCGCUCGGCACCACCAAAGAGGCCAAGCUCUGCCUCUCCGUCCUCCUGCACAACAGAUGCAUGGUGGAGGCGUGGGCUCUGCUGAGGCAGCACUCUAACAAGCUCAACAUGGAGGAGCUGCUGCGCUUUCUGUAUGAGACCAGUCAGGAGUUGGACCUCAUGAAGGAGCUGCUCAAGCUGCCUCUGGGCCUCACCGAACAGGAAUGUCUGGAGCGUUUUCUUCAGGGCACAGGAGGGCUCCAGAACCGGGAGCUGCUGAUGGUGCAUUACCUGCAGCAAGCCAAUUACGUGCCCGCUCUUCAGCUCAACCAUACACUAAAGAUGAACACGCUGAACGACCGUGACCCUAAAAUGAAGGAACGCUCCAACACCAGGAACUCCAUCCUGGACCAGUAUGGGAAAGUCCUGCCCAGAGCGCAGAGAAGACUGGCCACAGAGAGGGCCAAGCCCUACAGCAACCCUUCCACCAUGCUCAGAAAGGUGUCCAGACCACAGCCGUUGUCCACUGUGGCUAAGCGUUCGGCCGCUGAAAGUGUGCUGACGAGAGCAACCUUCAUCAGCAGUGUCCUCUCCAAGAUCGAGGAGGUGUGGGUGGGAAAGGACAGCACCCCGGAGUCCUCUCCUCUCAAGAGUCCCAGAGUGCCCGAAGUGCUUGUGCCAAGCCCCCAGCGUCCCCCAACCGAUCUACCUGAAGCCUUUGUGGGCACGCCAAUCACCGUGACGAAAAAGAGAAUGUCCAGGAUGUUUGAUUUGAUGGUGCACCCCUCCUGCCUGAACACCCCUGAGCCCCCCAACCAGCUUCAGACCCCCCCUCGGACCUCGAGCAUGUGGACUGCCCCAAAAAGCAUCCCGCGAGCCCCUGAGCUGGACCUGCUGCAAACCCCACAAGUUGUCAAGAGAGCUCGUGCUUUGGCUGCAUCAGUCCCCGUCUUCUCCAGCUUCACCCCCCAGUCCAUUCUGCGGAGCAGCCUUCGGCCCACCCCAGUGGCCACCCCCUCUGCCUCCCCCGGCCGCUCCGUCACACCGCCCCCGCGCCCCAAAGAGAGCCGCAUCACCUUCGUGGAGGAGGAGGAGGCCGCCAGCCCGGAGUUACCCAAGAACCCAGCGCCCUGGAGCAACGGGAUUGUGGGUGACAGUGAGGUUAGCCUGUCUCAGAGAUCUAGUGUCCACUCGUACGAAGAGGAGGAGGAGGAAGAGGAGGGCAAGCCGAGGGUGACCUGCUUCCCUCCGGCAGAGAAGCUUGCGGCUGCGGCGAGUGAGCGCGCGGGUCGGGACUGGUCGAAGAGCGGUUCCUCAUCUGUUCGAGAAGUCUCCGCCAGCAUGCCCGUGCUGGCUAGACGGCCGAGCCUCGGACACGACACCAGCGUAGCAUCGGUGGACCAGUCGCUUGAGUCCACUCUGGAGUUCCACGACGCCCCGAUGCCGGAGGACCUGCUGCUGGACCAGCCCGAACCCACAAUGGUGUGGGAGGAGCAGGUGGACGAUGAGGUGAUCGUAGUCAGGCGGUCGGCCGGAAAAGCAUCAAAGGCAGAACCGUCGCUGGAUGAUACCGUUCCAGAGGAGCCCCCUGUGGCUGCUCACGAGGAGAACACUCCGCUCACCGUGGAGGAGAAGAUUGAGGAGCAGAAGAAGGAGGUGAUGGACCAGGAGGAAGUUGAGGAAUGUAAGCCAGAACCUGAGCCCGAAAUCCAAGUAGCAUCAGAAUCGAGCGGAGAGAUGGAGGUCUCCGUGGCUCCACCUGAAGCCCUUCCUGCUGUGGAGGAAGGCGAGUGCGAUCCGGAGGUUGUGCAGGCGCCGCAGGAGGAGGAAGCUGAGGAUGCGGCUGAGGCUCUCACAGACUCGGAGCUGCUGAACGCAACGGUGGAGGUGAAAGCCGCUGAAGCAGAGGAACUUGUCUGUGUGUCUGAGAACGCUGCCGAUGUUCUUCCCGAGUUCGAUCACGUACCGGAACAAGAACCAGAACCCACCACAACCAUGGCCAACCAUGCUGGGAAUCCAGAGGAAUCAAAGCCAGAUGUUGACGUGGAGGAGAACAUCCCCAGGAAGCAGGACGUCACAGAUCUGGAUAUUGAUGCUUAUGUGGAGCAUCAUUUAUUUGACAAUAUGUCCCCUCCUCGCUCACCAACACGGAACUGGACGACCAUUAACAGAGGAACAAGCCCUGUGUCCACUGCAGUGUCCACUGAUGUGCCAAUGCUGGCCACUCAGAAGUCUGUGGCCUCCUCAGAGCCCACAACCUCUGGCUCUCCCUCUGUGGUGAGUGUGAAUGACAGUGAGGAUCUCUCCAGUGCCGCCUCAGAGGACGAGUCGGACUCUGAAGACGAAGAGGAGGAGGACGAGGAGGAAGAGGACUCGGGCAGUGAGGUGGAGAUCAUAGAGGAGGUGGAGGGGAACGGGCGGGCACUCCGCCAACCUCCCGCUCACCUGUACCUGGAAGAGCUGCCGCCCCAUGCUCAUUACCUGCAGGAGCAGACCUCCGCCGUGCUCUCGCUAGUCUCACCUGAGGCUCAGCAGGUGGAGGGCAUCAUGCUGGAGGAGGAUGAGGAUGAGGAGGUGGUGAUGCUUGGCCUGGGCCCCAGGUGCCUGGAUGAAGAUGACGCUGAGGUGAGCUACACCGAGCUCAAGCCCCCUGCCACAAUCCUGGUCCCACUGGAGCUCGCCGAGGAUGUGUUGGUGGACUCCGACCCCCAUCAGCCCCAGCACCUGCUGGACGAAGGGGCCCUGGCCGCAGUCAUGCCGGUCGAGUCCACAGUGACCCCUGCUGGUGGCUUCUCACUAAUGCUGGAGGCCGAGGAGGAAGAGGAGGAGGAGGAGGUGAGGGAGCGUCAGGCUGUGGAGCAGGUGGACGCGGGUGGAGAGAUGGAUCAGCUGAUGGAACUACCUGAGGUUGAGGAGGAUCAGCUGGUGAUGGGCAUUGAUACCAGAACCCAAGAGCUGGCGGAUCAAGAGCAGGUGGACACACCUGGCCCACAGGUGCACGCACAGGAGGAGAGGGACACACAGGUGGGCACCGCUGAGGAGCCGGAGGACGGAGACGCUCGGGACACUGUGCCAGUAUCUGUGGAUGCAGAGAUGCCCACGGAGGGGGAGGUGGCGUUUGACGCCCCUGCCCUCCCUGGCUCUGCCGGAGAGAGCGAGGCCAGGCAGGUGAGCGACACACCUGAAGCGGAGGUGGGACAGGUGGAGCGGCAGGUGCAGGACACACCUGAGCCGUUGGAAGCGGCAGGAGCCACACUGGAGGAAGAGGAGGAGCGCAUGGCCAGUGUGGAGGACUUGGCGGAGGUGCCAGGCACUGAGGAGGAGAGUCCCACUGAGAUGGAGACCCAAACUGAGGAACCAAACGAAAACCUUCCACAGGAACCCAAUCAGGCUGAGGAGGAACCCAAGGAACAUGCACCUGAGGCUGAGGAAGAACCCAAGGAACCUGCACCUGAGGCUGAGGAGGAACCCAUGGAACCUGCACCUGAGGCUGAGGAAGAACCCAAGGAACCUGCACCUGAGGCUGAGGAAGAACCCAUGGAACCUGCACCUGAGGCUGAGGAAGAACCCAAGGAACCUGCACCUGAGGCUGAGGAGGCUUCACUGCCGCAGUCGUCUGCUGAUGCUGAUGAUCCAGAAGGAGAGGAGAUCUCGAGCUCUGCUGCUGAUGCUGAGGUCGCAGAGGUCAAGGAGAAGAGCACUUCAGGUGCAAGGGCUGAGAACGGGAGGUCUACCAGGCAGAGUGAGCAGGCAGCUGCUGCUGCGGCUACUGAGAUCGCAGACACUACCUAUGACAUUCCUCCGGUCAGCACAAGGAAAGGCAGCAGUCAUAGGAAAAAUGUGACUUUCCUCUCACCCGUCAUUCAAGUGGAGAAGGACCUCUCGGCCAGUGAGGGGGCAGAAGAGCAGAGUGACCCUCCGGUGCCCUCCACGCCGCGACGCUCCACCAGGAGUGGCAAGCAGCUGCCAGAUGUUCAGGUUCCCGUCACGCCCAGGAGGAGAACGAGACGGACCGAACCGGAGCAGCAGAAGAAGGAGGAGGAGGAAGAGGAGGAGGAGGCUCCAUCAGCUAGCACAACAGUCAACUCCAAACCCAGGACCUCAAAGAGACAGACACCACAGAAAGCCACUCCAAGGAAGGGCGGUCGGAGAACCAGGAGCUUGGUAGACACCGAGGAGGCCGUCGACGAGCAGCCUGCCGUCGAGUUGCCGGAGACGGGUCGACGGAGCACCAGAAAGACGCGGAACACGUCCAUCCUGGAGGCUCCUGAAGCUCCAGCUGUGGCUCCUGAGGCUAAGCUGAUUGAGGAGCCCCCCAGGUCGGCCUCCAGUAGCCCCGGCAGGGUGACCCGAGCGUCAGCCCGGGGGGUCAGCCUCACCCUGGACAGCUUCCAGAAGCCGCCGCCGCCAGCCGAGACCGCUGUCGUCGUCACACCGCCCAGAAGCAGAAGGAAGACGAGGGCCGGCACGGCCGAGAAGGCCAAAGCCACUACGGACUCUCCCGACGACACCGCGCCUCCCAGCGGCACAGCCGUGCGCCGGCUGACCCGGGGUCGCCACUGGAAGGACAUGGAGGGCGAGGAGGGCGAGGAGAAGAAGGACGAGCUGGGCAUCAUGGACACCACUGUGGAGCUGGUGCCCGGGACGCCACUAGGGGACGCUCUGAUGGAGAGGCUCCAGGGAGAGGCCAGAGGGGAGGGGGCGGGGGUUGGGGUCGCCGUGACUGAGAUCAUCCGCGCCAAGCGCAGGACCACGCGGGCAGCCGCGCCGCUCACCCCCGUGCUGGAGCCCGAGGAUGGCGUGAGCAGCCAAGCGGACAUGGACGCAGACGCUAGUGCUGUGGCUGAGCCGCCGGAAUCAGCGGCAAGUCCGAGUCCGAGUCGGAGACGCGCGCGGGCUAGUAAGGCCCCCGCGCCUGAGGUGCCCACGCAGACGGACACUUUCACCUUCACACCGAUGAGGAGGACUAGAGGUGAGCAGUCAGCUGGGAAUCAUCAUACACAUUAUAGAGAUCGUGUUGGAGUUGCUUUUGAAUCAGGACCCCGUGGAGGACCUGGCACCCCUGCCUGGCACCCUUUCGACGAAGUCCCAGACAUCUCCGAGCCCCAGUCCAGCAGCCAGGAUAACAACAAAGCGGAUGAUGUGGCGACGGAAACCAGAACUAGUCAGCCGAAAAAGACCCGAACCACCGGGCUGAAGGCUUCUGUGGAGCCCCCGGCGCCAGUGACUGCGUCGCUGCUGUCGCCCCUGGUGACGCCGGAGGAGCUGACGACGGGGCGGACGCAGCGCAGGGUGGCGGAGCGCACCAGGGACGAGGAGGAGAAGCCCGCUCCCAGGAUGAACCUGCGGCGCAAGCGCGUGCUGGACGCCAUCUUCCCCAAGCCCGUCGCCAGGAGGAAGAAGCUCUGAUGCGCCACACACUGACCCAACGCCCACACAAACAAAACCCACCCAGCCAGCCAGCCAGCCAACCCCCAUAGGUCAAUUUGAGGACUUCUCGAUUGGACUUCAGUGUGACCUCCCAGGACGACGUCCUUUCUUUGCCUCUGUUGGUCUUUCCUUUUCCCUCUUCUGUUUUUAGAGAAAGACACGUUGCUGCCUGCUGUUUUAAUUUAAGAAUAACCAGUGGAAAUUUUUUUUCAAAUUAAUAAAACAGAUCUAAUUUAGGAAAUGGAAAUAUUAAUUUUAUAUAAAUUACUGUAAAGUUUACAGCAAGGAGAACUGUGGGACUUCAGCACCAAAAAACAAGAUGGCUUAGUUUUUAAAUAUGCAUUUCUACUAAUUGAUGCAAGUGUAAAUAGUCUUUUGAGUAUGUUAAAUAAAAUUGAACCCUUGUAAAUGAUUUUGCUUCUGUUUGAAGUGUUGAUGUUUUGUUUUGUUGUUCACUUUUUUUCUGCAGUGUAUACAACUUCAUAAAGUAAUUAUGUCUUAACAUGGAGUUUUCUCUGAAUGGUUUGAAAGCACUAAUUUAGUUGUGUGAUGUGGAAGGGGUUGUAUACACAGUAAAUCUAUCACAUGAUGCUUUUCACAGAAUGUAAAAGGAUCCUUAUUUUUGUAUGGGCUGCUUAAACACAAUGUGGCUAAGUUCAUUUUUAAUGCUUGCUCUGUAUGACUGUGGAAUUUCCUGUCUGGGUCAAUCUGGGCUUUUGGUAUAUAAUCAUUAAAAUAUCUUAAUGUA